AGCAUGUCAGGGUGAAAAAUUAAAAAUGACGUUUUCGCCACUAAUAUUUUUCUUGGUAAUAUUUUCUUUUGUCUCUACUUUUGAUCCGUCUACUUUUAACUACUGUGACUUCAAGUGCAACGAAACCGUCGAACAUACAGCGUGCAAGUGCGAGGUUGAGCCACCUCUAGAACUACUUGUGAAAAGGAUUGCCUCUUUUCGCCGAAAAAUUCUAGAUAUUCAUAAUGAAGCCAGAAACACAGUAGCAUCUGGUAUGGCGCAACAUAAAAACACAUUUGUCCCAGAAGCUUCUAAUAUGAGGGUUAUGAAUUACGAUUUAGAGCUGGAGUACAUCGCAAAAUGUUACGCUGGCAAAUUUACAGGAACCAAGGACAGUUGCAGAAAAACUCACAAUAAUCUAAAAGAGGGUUUGGUGGGUCAGCUCUUAGGUGGAAUUACGUUCAGAUCUGAUGAUCCACAUGAAUGGACAAAUUAUUGGUAUGACGAGAUCAGUUAUUUCGACGACGAAUCAGUUACUGUUACACGGAUCUCACAGAUGAUUUGGGCGGAUACUGAUCUUAUAGGAUGUGCUAAAUCCUACACCCCUAAACCCUUUGAGCAUAAGCAAUUUGAGACUGUCUUUCACUGGUCUUUCAUACUUGUUUGUAACUAUGGAAGUACGUCUGAGAAUAUAACAGGCCAAGCAACAGUUGGAAAACCAAUCUACGCAAGAGGUCGUGCAUGUAGUGCCUGUCCUUCCGGUCUUACAUGUGAAACUGAAAAAUACCCUGCUUUGUGUGGUAAACUUCUGCCUGUACCUACUUACGAUCUAAACAAAAAAUCAAGCCAAUCAAAACAAAGUUCCAGCAGUGCAUUUUUUGUAUUAAAUGCCGCUUUCCUUGUAUUUACUAUAUUUUAUUAAA